AUGCGGCUUCCAAUUCUCAAGUUCGCCAUUGCCGCCCUGCUCGUCUGCAGCGACACCGUGCUGGCCAAAAUCACCCCUGCUCAGGUUAGGGCAGAGAUUGGGGGCCUUGAGAAGAAGAUGAAUCUUAUGGGAUACGCGGCCGCCGAUGCAGCUCCCACCGCGCCUUUUCCUGAGCCCGGGAAAGGAAAAUACGAAUGGUUUUUUAAACUUUUCGAGGAGCUUAUCAAAGCGGGCAAUGCUUCAAACUUAUCGAUGAAGGAUAUGUCCCCUGUAACUGCGAGUGCCGACGCCAGCACCAUUUUCCAAGCCUUCGAGGAAUUUUAUCGCACUUACGCUCGCUUGCUUGGGCAGUUGGAUCUUAAUGCCGACGUUCGUGGCGCGACGUCGCACGGUGAAAAUAUGGUCUUUUGUCUAACCAGAUACAAAACGAUCAUCGAAACUAUGACCAAGACUCUGAGCAAGGCCGACGAAUCCCACGCCGCCGAUAUGAAGAAACAUGCCGAGAAGAUCAGCCCAAUUUUUGAAAGAGUUAUUGAUGGCUUCACGCACCGGCGUCCCACCGUUCCGAAAAUCGGCAAAGUGUAG